UCUUAUCUAUCAAAGGAGCUCUUCUUCACUCCUCCAUUUCCUCUCCGAGAUUUUUCCUUUCCUUUCUUUUGUUUUCCGGAGAAAGUAUUAUCAGAAAGCAGCUUCGGUUCUUAGUUUCUUUAAGACUGAGAUUUGAAAGUUACCCAAAAUAGCGAGUCCGUGCUCUGUUAAGCAACUGAGAAAAGCACUGUCUGGUGGUUUUUUUUGGGACAUUUAUUCUCUAACCCUUUUCCGGUAAAGCCAUUUGCUUGCGGUAUCUUCCCUUUUUCUUUCUCCUCUCCAACUUUUGGCAACAAAAAUUUCUUCUUUUCUUUAUCUCCCCUCUCUCUACUACUGGUUCAGUGGGUCUUACCAUCUCGGUGCUUUCCGUACUGCUUGUUUAAGCACACUCCUUUUUUUUGGGAUAACUUUCCUUGAAAUUUCUCGUCGUUUGAUAAACUUUUGAGUGAGCCUUUGAACCGAUUAAUGGUGGAUUUCUCUUCAUUUCAAGCUUCUCUUUAACGUGUUCUUUCUUCAGCUUUCUUUUUAACCCUUUAUUCUCCUCGUGUCUAGUCUUAAAGGAAUCUCUUCUUUUCCCCUUCCCUCCUUUUAUUUCGCUCCCCUCCUACUCCCUCUCUCACUCUCAAUGAGAAGAAGUGAAAGAAUCUGAAAACCCCGAAAAGAAAUAAAAAAGAUUGAAAAAAAAAAUGGAUCAUUGUCCUGUUCCUACAAUCAAAUACACAGAACACCGCAAUCAAACCAAGCUCCUUACGCCACUGUUAAAUGUCAGACUCGAAAAUCAGCCAGAAAUGAAGCCCCGAAUUGUUCGGAUUUCAGUUACCGAUGCUGACGCAACUGAUUCUUCCAGCGACGAAGAAGAAGAACAAGCAACCCGAUUUCUUUCUCGAAACAGAGUCAAGAAAUUCGUUAACGAAAUUACUAUCGAGUCAUUAUGUCCCACUCAAAAUGAUGCCGUUUGGAGAAGUAAAUCGUCGUCGUUGUCAAAGAUUUCCCGAAAAAGGCCAGCGGCUGUAGCCGAAGCCAAAGCUAAAGCGCCGGCAAAGGUUCCGGCGGGGAAGAAGUUCAGAGGAGUACGACAACGGCCUUGGGGAAAAUGGGCUGCUGAGAUCAGAGACCCACUAAGACGUGUACGGUUAUGGUUAGGCACCUAUGAUACCGCCGAAGAAGCAGCAAUGGUUUAUGACAACGCGGCUAUUCAGCUGCGUGGACCGGACGCGCUCACCAACUUUACCACUCCUCCGCAAAAAUUGGUUCAGGACAAUAACAGCCAAAAACCGUUAUCCAGCUCAGAUUACAACUCCGGCGAAGAAUCUCACAACACUAACCUUUGCUCUCCGACCUCCGUUCUCCGCUGCCCUUCGCUUUCGACCGACGAAGUCGACUCGCAAAGCGUCAAGGAAUCGCGAGAAAUCGGGAGGGAACCACAAGAUGCCCUCGACGAGUCUUGCUGCAUAUCGGGAGAGAACUUUUCCGGUUUCUCGGAUUACUCGUCUUUCUUUCCGAAUGAUAUAUUCAGUUCCGUACCGGAUUUGUUCGACGAUAAUACGAGCUUCCACGAAGCUUUCAUGAAAGAUGAUUUCGGCAACGGGUUUCUGAGUUCGGGAGCGGAUUUCGAGUUCGGAUUUGGGAGCUUCUCGAACUGGCAACAUGUCGAUGAUCAUUUCCAAGACAUCGGGGAUUUGUUCGGGACGGAUUCUCUCUUAGCCGUUUGACAGAGUGUUUCUUCGGUUUUUUUAUCUCUCGUGUAAUGCCGGUUUUACGGCAAGUUUUGUAUCGGCGGGAACUGAAAAUAUCGGCUGCGUUUUUGUUUUUUUCCCCCUCCCCUGUUCCGGUUUUGUUUAUGUUAAAAUUUAUUUAUUUAUAAUAUUAAUUAAAAGUAAGAAUAUUAAACAUCUCCGUCACAGUAACGGUGACGGACGAGUUUGGCUA